UCGUAAAAAUAUGAAUUUGGUUUUGGUUUAUUCAGUAAUUGGAUUACUCUUCAUUUUGUGGAUCGUGAAACGGUGGCAGGAUCGAAAAGCGAUUGGAUUGGCCAAACAUUUUGGCUCAAAUAAAUGGCAAAUACUGUUGGGAUUUGGUCCGCUGCUUAGGACAAAAGCUAUUAUUCCGAAACUAACGGAAAUCGCUAAAAAGUAUGGUAAGAAUUCGUUAAUGUUCUUCGGACCAUUCCCUUUCUUUCUAACCAGUGAUCCAACGGUCAUAAAAGAUAUUCUAACCUCGAAGUUAUGCAUAAACAAGUCGUAUAAUCUGUAUUCGGGGAUAUCAUUCUCCUUGGGCCAAGGGCUAAUAACAUUGAAUGGUGCCCAAUGGAACCACAGUAGAAAAAUACUAAAUGCUGGUUUCAAAAAUUCAAACAUUGUCACAUUUCUGCCAACAUUCAACCGUAGAAUGGAGGGCCUUUUCAAAGACAUAGACGAUGCUAUGGAAAAAGGAAAUUAUACAUCGCUUCUUUUGUUUCUGCGUGAAUUUGGCUUAAAAAUCUCCUUAGAAACUAUAAUUGGACGAGAUAUGGAUAAGUCCCAAUAUGACAUAAGGCAAUGUGCCAGCCAAAUUGAGGGAGCCCUAGAAUAUAUCUCAAAUAUGGUGUUUGAUAGCAAAUAUGCAAUCGAGGCUACACGAAUGAUUGCCAAAACUACAAUCUACAAAAAUGACUUGAAAAUCAUUGAUACUGUGAACACGGUUAUAGCAGAGUCAUUACAUUCAACUGGACUGAGGGGUUCAAAUCCUACCUUCCUGGAGCAUAUCAAUUCGAUUAUGAGAAGCGCCGAUAGGGCCAUAGAAAAUGGCCAAAUGAAGCGAGAACACGCAAUAUCGAAUAUAUUUCACCUGUUUGCUGGGUCAUUUGAGACAACUUCCAUGGCGACCUACUUCGUUGCUUUACUUCUGGCCAUACAUCCAGAGUAUCAGGAAUUAGCAUACGCCGAAAUUUGUGACAUUUUUCCCAACGACGAUGAGGGUGAAUUUGAAGUGCUCUAUGAACAUAUCGAUCAAAUGGUCUACCUUGAAAUGGUCAUAAAUGAAGCAAUGAGGCUGUUUGCGAUAAUACCUCAAAUUGGUCGUAUGGUGGCAGGAGGAGAUUUGACAUUGAGUAACGGCAUUAUAUUGCCCGAAGGCCAAGAUAUUAUGAUCGAUUUAGUCAAUUUACAUCGCAACUCCGAUAUAUGGGGCCCCAAUGCCCACAAAUUCAAUCCAGACAAUUUUUUGCCCGCCAACAUUAAGGCAAGGCAUCCAUAUGCCUUUAUACCGUUUACCAAAGGCAUACGAUUCUGCAUAGGAAUGCGUUACGCGGAGCUGACUAUGAAAGUUGCUAUGGCAAGAAUUAUAAAAAGAUACAAACUUACUACCACCGCCACCAUGGAUGAUUUAAAAUUGGAAAACCAUGUUUCAAUUCAACUUGCCAAACAUCCUUCAUUGAAAUUUGAAAGAAGAAAGAUCUCAAAAACUACUUGAUUUAGUUAUAGUCAAAAUAUUAACUGUUACAAACUUUGGGAAAAUGCUUAGCAUUAGAAAGAACAAUAUUUGUUAUACACUCAUCAUGGGACAAUUAAGAGGUAACGUCAUUAGCACAACAACAACGAAACUACCCCCAACGCUGUAAAUUUAAAUGUCAAAGUGGGUAUAGAAAUAAACACUUUCUGCUUUACUAUUUAUCUUCUUCAAAUAAGUUUCGUAUUUGUAUUUUCAUCAUUGUAGCAUUGUUUUGUUGCUUAUGUCUGGAAUAUCCGAUCAAAUAAAACAACUUUUUAAAAUUUUACAAA